AGUAGGCUCAGUCGAAAGAAAACGCCAUCACGGCAUGUGUGUGAAGCUCCCACAAUAAUCAUUCUUCAGCAGAUGAUUGAAUUGACAUUCAAGUGACAUUCUAGCGCUCGGGGUUUUUUUUUCGUCGCCAAGAACCCCCAGCGGGGAAAUCGAGAAAAACUUGUCCUUCCCGGAGUGAAAUGGUCCAGCACCGACGCUGAAAGCAGUUUCCCCGCGGGCACCUAGCGAGAACCGCUUCCGAAGGCGGAGAAUUUGGCUGGAAAAGUGCGAUUCUAGUGCUGUUCGAGCGAGACUUUUGAGUUUUUCUUUUUCAUCGGUCCGAAUUUGGAGCAACACACAUUUAUUGAGAGGUUGGUUUCGAGGAAGAAGGCCCAAGAAUGAGGAGCCGCAGCAAUUCCGGAGUCCGGCUGGAUUACUACCAGCGGAUUGUCCACCGUUUGAUUAUGUCCCAUCAGCAGCCGGUGACGGGACUCUUUCCGGCCAGUCCCUCGACACAGCACGCCUGGAUUCGAGACAACGUCUACUGCAUCCUGGCAGUUUGGGGGCUGUCGAUGGCGUACAAGAAGAUUGCCGACCAGGAUGAGGAUCGGGCCAAAGCGUACGAGCUGGAGCAGUGCUGCGUCAAGUUGAUGCGAGGCCUCCUGAUGGCCAUGAUGAACCAGAAGGACAAAGUGGAGCGGUUCAAAACCACUCAGAAUCCGUUGGAUUCGCUCCAUGCCAAGUACUCGAGCAAGAAUGGCCAACCGGUCGUGGGAGACGAAGAGUGGGGCCACCUGCAGAUCGAUGCCAUUUCGCUGUAUUUGCUGAUCCUGGCCCAGAUGACCGCUUCCGGGCUGCAGAUCGUGUUUUCGCUGGACGAAGUGUCGUUCAUUCAGAAUCUGGUAUUCUACAUUGAGUCGGCUUACUGCAUCCCGGAUUAUGGAAUCUGGGAACGAGGGGACAAGUCCAAUCAUGGACAAACGGAGCUGAACGCCAGCUCGAUCGGUAUGGCCAAAGCGGCCCUGGAGGCUAUGAAUGAGUUGGACCUGUUUGGAGCUCGUGGCGGUUCCGGCAGUGUGAUUCACGUGCUGGCCGAUGAGGCUCACAAAUGUCAAGCCGUGCUCCAGUCGAUGCUUCCGAGAGAAUCCAAUAGUAAAGAGUUGGAUGCGGGGCUGCUCUCGGUAAUUGGGUUCCCUGCUUUUGCUUGCGAUGAUCCGCAGUUGAUCGAGGCCACUCAGGAAGCGAUCAUCAAUCGGCUUCAGGGACGGUUCGGCUGCAAGCGGUUCCUCCGCGAUGGCUACAAAACGCCCAAGGAGGACAACACGCGGCUGUAUUACGAGCGCUGGGAGUUGCGCAUGUUUGAGAACAUUGAAUGCGAAUGGCCGCUGUUCUUCUGCUAUCUGAUUCUGAACAAGGAGUUCCAGCACGACAAGGAAUCUGUGCUGGAAUACACGCAGAAGUUGGAGGACAUUCUGGUGAAAACCGAGGAAGGGAUGCGACUGGUGCCGGAAUUGUAUGCCGUGCCGGCGGACGUGGUUGGAGCUGAGUAUAAGAACCCUGGAUCGCAGCAACGAAUGGUCGUGGGACGGUGCCCUUUCCUGUGGGGUCAGUCGCUGUUCAUCUUGGGGAAGCUGCUUCAAGAGGGAUUCCUGGCAGUUGGUGAGCUCGAUCCGUUGAAUCGUCGGUUGGGUGCCCAAAAGAAACCGGACGUCGUCGUCCAGGUGGUCAUCCUGGCCGAAGACAACGACAUCCGGGACAAGCUGGCCGAGCACGGCAUCCAGGUGCAAACCAUCGCCGAUGUGACUCCGAUCGAAGUGCAGCCGGCUCGAGUGCUGAGUCACCUCUACACGUAUCUUGGCCGGAACAAGAAACUCGGCCUCAGUGGUCGUAAAUCGCGAGACGUCGGUAUUCUCAGUACCAGUAAGCUGUAUUCCCUCAAGGAUCGCAUCUUUGCCUUCACUCCUCAGAUCUUUGACCACGAUGAGUACUAUAUGUCCCGCGAUCCGUCGCUGCUGGUUAGCAAUUUCAUGGACAUUCUCGCGUUCCUCAGCAUUAGCUGGCACCAUCUGCUUGGUCGGCCGACGAUUACACUGACCGCCACCAACUGGCUCGUAGAGAACAACAAAGUUCCACUGGCGAUGGUUCAGACGAUGAAGAAACUGAAGUCCGGGUAUAUCAACGGUACCCGCGUAAUUCUGGGCAAUCUAGGGGACUUCAUCAACACGUCGGCAAUCACCGAUCUGAGCUUCUUGGGCAGUCAGGAGGAUGGCUAUCCGGACAAGCUCAAUCCAGCCGUUCAAGCUUAUCUGGACGAACACUUGUUGCGAUCGUUCAGUCACCGGGCAUCUACUACCUCAAUCCGAUCGUCCGGACUGCGACCGAGGAACCUACGUCGCCGAAUGUCCGUCAAAGGUGCCAUCAAGAAGACACGUUCAAUCAAUGUGGAUUCGGAAACCUUGGGCAUGGAGGGUAACGUAACCGAGCGCCGUUUGUCCCACUCGGUCACUCCGCAGUGGCUCGAGCCGAACCAGUCGGGCACGGUGCAGCCACCUCGGGAUACCUCCCCGAACCAGUUGGGUCGCUUCAGCGAGCAGCGAGUAUCCAUGGACGAUACCACCAAGUUGCACAUCCAGACUUCGGCAACCAAUGCCACACCUAAAAUUCAGCUGCAGCCACUGCCCAGACACCGUCCGGCCACGGAGACGAACUUCGAGAACACAGAAGUUGAGGAGCUGAUUGCGAUGCUGCGGGAGACGGAAAGCUUGGAAGAGCAGGGUGACAUUCUGCAGCAUCUGGUCGACACCCAGGGAUUGGAUUUCAAUACCGAGCUGGUCAGCACCACUAAUGACGAUUCUCAACCACAAGGCAUGCUGGAGGAGGGCCGUGUCGUCACGGUUCGCGGCCUGCUGAAGGGACUGUACGAGAAGGCCUGUCAGCAGAAGCUGUGGGGCCUGGUGCGUCACACGGCCGGUAUGCUGGGCAAGAGGGUCGAAGAUCUGGCCAAGGCCGUCACCGAUUUGCUCGUCCGACAGAAACAGGUCACAGUUGGAAUGCCGCCGAACAGUGAGUACACCAUUACGGCUCCCUUGCCGGAAACGGAACUCCGUACGUUGAUCCACGAAGCGUAUGGCGAUGAUGAGAGUACGGCUAUGUUGACUCAGGAGUUGCUCGUCUAUUUGGCCAUGUUCAUCCGGACGGAGCCUCAGCUGUUCCACGAGAUGCUGCGGCUUCGGGUUGGUCUCAUCAUUCAGGUUAUGGCCAAGGAAUUGUCCCGUACGUUGAACUGCGAUGGAGAGCAGGCCUCUGAACAUCUGCUGAACUUGUCUCCGUUUGAGAUGAAGAACCUGUUGCACCACAUUCUCAGCGGUAAGGAAUUCGCCAUCAACAGUGUUGCCAGGGGUAAUAUCUCGAUUGUAAGCUGCAAGUCGAGUCGCGUCAGCAAGAAGAGUCAAAUAGGGUUGGGCAAGGAACCGGAAGAAGGGGAGAGCGCCAUGAUCGACGAUCGUCAAGGUCAGUGGUUGAGGCGUCGUCGGUUGGAUGGUGCCCUAAAUCGAGUGCCGCGGGAUUUCUACCCUCGGGUUUGGACGGUACUCGAGCGCUGUCAGGGAUUGGCCAUUGAGGGACGUAUCUUGCCACAGAGUCUUACCCAGGAAAUGACACCGAACGAGCUUAAAUUUGCACUGGAAGUGGAAACCGCCCUCAAUACCAUCCCCCAGCCCGAGUACCGUCAACUUGUGGUGGAAGCGCUGAUGGUACUGACCUUGGUCACCGAACACAACAUCAUUGCAUCGCUUGGGGACAUCAUCUACGUGGAACAUCUAGUCCACAAGGCCAACCAACUGUUCCUGGAAGAUCAACGGAAAAUCAACGGCGAUGCUAUGCUGUGCUGUGCAAAGAAUAAGGACAUCCGGGAGACCACCACAGCUGGACUGUUGCUAUGCGGUGGAGCUGCGUACAUCUGCCAGCAUUUGUACGACAGUGCCCCUAGCGGUAGCUUCGGAACGAUGACCUACAUAGCUCGAGCAGUCGCUUCGGUGCUAGAAGGUCUACCGAAACAGGGCGACAUGGAUUGUACAAUCUCAUAAAGGAAAAAACGCAAAUGACUUUGUUCUCUUCAGUAGAACCCCCUCUCUUCUUAACCCAACGAGGAUCUUUAAGUGUGAAUGUGCUUAAAUUACUUAUAAAGAAAAAAAAAACACUUCGUAGCUAAGAGUGUAACCAACGAAUCCCGUUCGUUCUAAUGUUUAGUAGGCGUCCAAUAAAUUUACUGAUUUAGGAACGAAAACGAAUGUAGUUAGAGCCGGUCGGUUAACGGAAUGAAGGAAUAACCCAAAAUUGCAUGACAAACCUACACACAACCAACAGCAAGCAGCAUGAUUCAAACGAUCUUCAAGAGUAAAAACGAAAUAUCUUGAUCGAGCAAUAAUCUAUAUUUAUCUAGGUACACCUCUAUUUUUUUACAAUUCAUAUACAUUUUGUUACAUUAUUUAUGAGAGGCAAUUCUGUUACAGCUGCUGGCUAUUCUUCUUAAUAGCGAUAGCGUAAAAUAUAUUUCGUAAAGCAAGUAUUGUUUUCAUAUCAUAUACUUUACAUAGGAUAGUUAUAUUGUGUUUGAUGUAAGUUUUUCUUCUCUUUUCGAACGCAAACGAUUAUUAUUACUAUUACAUAUUAUUAUUGAGAAUAAUACGAAAAUGACGCGAGCAAGCUAUAAAAGAGUAUCGAUAUUAUUAUCUUAUUCUAUACAUAUUAUUACCCUUAUACAAUGAAGCAAUGAAAACACCUUUUUAGGCGACACAAAAGCAAAAACCGAGACCCGUAAAUCCCAUGAGAAUAGCAUGAACAUGUUGAAAUUAUA